AUGGAGGCGCCGAGGCCCUUUGCACAGGACUGGUACGUCCCAUGGCUCUCCCUGACGCGAGGGGCCGAUUUGACGCUGUGGCUCUGUGAGCUCUGGCUACUCCUGCUGACGUCCGGCUUGUGCGCGGGUUUACUGCCGCACGAAGAGGACGUGAACUUUAUCAAUGAGUACGUGAACCUCCACAAUGAACUCCGAGGCAAGGUCAAGCCCCCUGGGGCUAACUUGCGCUUCAUGACUUGGGAUGUAGCUUUGUCACGGACUGCUAGAGCAUGGGGGAAAAAAUGUGUGUUUGAGCGUAAUAUUCAUUUAGAAGAAAUAAAAAUGGCCCAUCCUAAAUUUAAUGGUAUUGGUGAAAAUAUGUGGGUCGGCCCUGAAAAUGAAUUUACUGCAAGUAUUGCUAUCAGAAGUUGGUAUGCAGAGAAGGAAAGGUACCAUUUUGGAAAUGGCACUUGCUCUGGUGACUGUUCUAAAUAUAUGCAGCUUGUUUGGGACAAGUCUUACAAAGUUGGUUGUGCUGUUACUCCGUGUUCAGAAGUUGGACGUAUUAAAUAUGCAGCACUUUUCAUAUGUAACUAUGCACCAGGAGCAACUUUAAGAAGAAAGCCUUAUCAACAAGGAGUAGUUUGUUCUCAAUGUAACGAAAGUGACAGAUGCACAGAUUUUCUAUGCAGUAAGACAAAGAAAAUAACUUCAACAUUUUUAAAAAAAAACAUAGUGCAUAGGACGAUGAGAAAAAUGAAGUGUUGA